UCAGUAGGCUGGCUACCUGUUGGUGGUGACUGGCUAAUCUUCACAUGUAGGCCUCAAUGAAAUACAAAUGUAACAAUAUUGUCACGAUUUCACAACAAAGUAACUAGACACCGUCAAACUAAUAAGGUCCUUGAUCCACAAUAUGGGAUGUAUGUCUGGCCUUGUGCAGUGGUAUUAGCACAAUAUGUGUGGACACAUAGGGAAGAGCUGAUCCACAAAACGGUGCUAGAGCUUGGGGCUGGCGUGAGUUUACCUGGUGUGGUGGCAGCAAAGUGUGGGGCACAAGUGAUCUUGUCAGACAGUGCAGAACUUCCACUGUGUCUGGAGAACUGUAGGCGCACGUGUGAAGUGAAUGAACUGCCCAAUGUGCUUGUGGUGGGUAUUACCUGGGGAGAAGUCUCCCCAGACCUUCUGCUCCUCCCUCCAUUAGACAUCAUCUUGGGAUCAGAUGUUUUCUAUGAGCCUGAAGAUUUUGAAAAUGCCCUGGUGACCAUCUCCUUCCUCUUGAGGAAAAACCCUGUGGCCCAAUUUUGGACAACUUACCAAGAGAGAAGUGCUGACUGGUCCAUAGAGGCAUUGCUGCACAAAUGGAACUUGAAGUGUCUCAACAUUCCACUGGAGAAAUUCCACGCCAACAAAGACCAACUAGCUGGGUCAACACUUCCUGGAAGCCAUGCUGUACAAAUGAUUAUAACUGAGGACAAGGAAAGCUGAAUGACAAUAAAGACAUAAAAUGGUG